AUGGUCAAUGAAGAACCUCACCUUCCUCCAUAUCCUCAUCAAACACCACAUGAUUUUGAUCAUGUUCAUAAUCAUGAACAUGAAUUUACUAGUAACUCAUCAAAAUCCAUGAUCCUUAUAUCAAUAACCAUCCUCUUUUCAAUCUUAAUCUCCUUGUACAUCAACUACAAACCAAGACACCUCUCCCUCUCCAUCUACAACGUCCAAAUCCCAACCUUCAUCGGCUCUUACAGUGGCUCCACCGUUAGCUUCAUCUUAUCCUUCGAAGGCACGGUUUCGAACCCUACACGCUCCGACUUCUCUUACUCUAGCAGCACAGCCGAUGUCUUCUACGCCGGUAAACAAGUUGGCUCCUUGUUCAUCCCCGGUAGAUUUGUCGCCGCCGGUCUGGAGAACGUCAUGGAGGCUUCUAUAAAUGUUAACCCGGUUCCGCUGUCUACGGUGGGCUUGGGGUAUAUUCCGGUUAUGUAUGGAUUAAAGAGGGCGCCGAAGCCGACGAUAGAAGUGGAGUUGAGGAUGAAGAUAGUGGGAAGAAAGUCUCAGUCGUGGUUUUUUGAUCGUCAUGUUUGGACUGUUAAUUGUCGUAUUGGCAUCGUUAUUUUAGAUGGAUCUUUGCUUUAUGUUUCUUGCUAG